AGUUGCUGUUUUGGUUCACUUGGAGGGCCUCCUAUCCAUCUGCGUUAAAAUCUGAGGUCGAUCAAAAAAGGUGCCACCAUAACAAACCCUGUAUGUUAAAACAUAACUGAGGAGCUACAACAAUGCCAAAGUUUGAAGAAAAUGAUCAUGGAAGGUUAUGCUUAGUAUAUCUCGCGGAGAAAGUAUGGCGCAAAAUAGCUGUUAAAAAGGGACUGUUGGAGUAUUUUACAGUAUUCUUCCUUGCUGCAGUUCAUGGAACUAUCAAUCCUCCUCCACUGGAUCAACAAUUGCUACUUAAAGCAAUGAACAAAACUGGCAUGUUCCAAUCUAAAAUAGAUCAGUUUUUGAAAAUAUUUGCGGAUCGCGGCACCAGCAAUGAACAAAAACAUGAAGCAGCCAAAGCUUUCAUCUCAUCUCUCGCUAACAAAAAGGUCAAACAAGCAACUCAAAAAGUGUUUGACGAUAUCAAAGCCACACAAGAUAUCGCUGCGAUGGUACUGAACAAAACGGAGGAGACGUUAGCACCUCUUCUAGGCCCUAACAUAGCUUUGCUCGAUCUGAUUUGUGAUGCGGCAAAAGGCAACUACACCAAAUGUUUUCCACCAGCAAUUCGCGCAAUUGCACUACAAGCUGCUGAACAGGCUGGAAAAAGUCAAACGAAAUCAGCACUGAACACAUUGCUAGAAUGGGAACGUCAAAAGGGGGCCGACCUUGACAAAAUGCACAAGUUUUUCGCAUCGAUGUAGGCUUUUUUCAAACAUAGCUCGGUAAAGGAUGCGUAUUUGACUCUGAGGAAGUUAACUGUUUGGUUGCAGUAUUCACUAU